GUCCCCGUACACGUGUCGCUUCCUCGUCCCUCAACCGUCUAUAAAUACCAAAAUUCCCCCAACUCCUACCGUUCUCCAUCGUCGCCACCACCACCACCACCGCUUCUACCGCCGUAUCGUUAUACCACCGCUCUGUCCCCUGUUCGCCAUACUGUUCAAACCCUAGAUCCAGCUGCCACUAACACUCUCUCCAGAUUUCUCUGUUGUCUUUCAGAGUUCGUAAAGAUGGUGUCAGACGCGAGCAAGAAGAAGGCGGCGCAGAAGAAGGCAGCGGCCGCGGCCAAGAGAGGCGGAAAGGCAGCUGCCGCCGCCGCAUCCUCGAAGGCCGCUGUUUCCUCGCAGAACGGGAACGCCGUCGACAAGUUGUCUAACGGAAUCGGAACGAUGGAGAUUUCCGAUCGUAAUUGUACCGGCGUCCUCUGUUCCCAUCCUCUAUCCAGGGAUAUUCGGAUCGAGUCUUUGUCAGUGACGUUUCAUGGACAUGAUCUCAUUGUAGAUUCCAUGCUGGAGCUCAACUACGGCAGGCGUUAUGGUUUGCUCGGAUUAAAUGGAUGUGGGAAAUCGACGCUGCUUACUGCAUUAGGCCGUCGAGAGCUUCCAAUUCCUGAACACAUGGAUAUAUAUCACCUUACUAGAGAGAUUGAAGCCUCUGACAUGUCUUCACUCCAGGCUGUUAUCAGCUGUGAUGAGGAGAGGAUCAAACUGGAGAAAGAAGCUGAGGUGUUGGCAAGCCAGGAUGAUGGUGGUGGCGAAACACUUGAGCGAAUUUAUGAGCGUUUGGAUGCUCUGGAUGCAGCUACAGCUGAAAAGCGUGCUGCUGAAAUAUUGUUUGGUCUUGGUUUUGAUAAGCAAAUGCAGGCAAAGAAGACCAGAGAUUUCUCUGGUGGCUGGAGAAUGAGGAUUGCUCUGGCUAGAGCUCUGUUCAUGAACCCCACUAUUCUCUUACUUGAUGAGCCUACUAAUCAUCUUGAUUUAGAAGCUUGUGUUUGGUUGGAGGAAAUGCUGAAGAAAUUCACCAGAAUCCUAGUGGUGAUUUCCCACUCCCAGGAUUUCUUGAAUGGUGUUUGCACAAACAUAAUUCACAUGCAGAACAAGAGUUUGAAGAUUUACUCUGGCAACUACGAUCAGUAUGUCCAAACUCGUUCUGAGCUGGAAGAGAAUCAGAUGAAGCAGUACAAAUGGGAGCAAGAGCAGAUUGCUAAUAUGAAGGAGUACAUUGCUCGAUUUGGGCAUGGAUCGGCCAAGUUGGCUCGGCAGGCACAGAGCAAAGAAAAGACCCUUGCUAAGAUGGAGCGGGGUGGGCUCACUGAAAAGGUGGUUAGAGACAAAGUCCUCAUAUUCCGCUUUGUCGAUGUGGGCAAGCUCCCGCCGCCUGUACUCCAGUUUGUCGAGGUGUCAUUUGGCUACACCCCUGAAAAUCUCAUCUACAAGAAUAUCGACUUUGGUGUUGACCUGGAUUCUAGAGUUGCGUUGGUGGGUCCCAAUGGCGCUGGCAAGAGUACAUUGUUGAAGCUCAUGACCGGAGACUUGCACCCUACUGAUGGCAUGGUUCGUAGGCACAACCACCUGAGGAUAGCUCAGUUCCAUCAGCACUUGGCUGAGAAACUCAACUUGGACAUGUCUGCACUCCAGUACAUGAUGAGAGAGUAUCCAGGGAACGAGGAGGAGAAAAUGAGGGCCGCAAUUGGGAAAUUCGGGCUGACCGGAAAGGCCCAAGUCAUGCCGAUGAAUCACCUGUCUGAUGGACAAAAGGCAAGGGUGAUUUUUGCUUGGCUGGCUUAUAGGCAGCCGCACAUGCUGCUUCUGGACGAACCGACGAAUCACUUGGAUAUCGAAACCAUAGACUCUCUGGCCGAGGCAUUGAGCGAGUGGGACGGUGGUUUGGUUCUCGUUAGCCACGAUUUCAGGCUCAUAAACCAGGUGGCCCAGGAGAUAUGGGUGUGCGAGAAUCAGGCCGUUACACGGUGGGAGGGUGACAUCAUGGGCUUCAAGGAGCACCUCCGAAGGAAGGCUGGCCUAUCUGACUAAACUAGUGUCAGAUUGGGCGGGAUGGAUCGAUCGGUGCAGCAUUCCUUAUCAAAGUGUAGUCUGCAGCAGCUGCUACUGUUGUGUGUACCAAUGCACGGCUAUCGCUGCAUAUUGCACAGCGUAGAUACGAGGAGGAGGAAUGGUCGUCGAUCGAUGGAUGGAUGGUUAGUGAUCCCUUUUCGCAUACAGCUCAUCUGGUGCAGAUUAUGAUAGACAAUCUAGUGAUCAGUGAGAGCGCGGAGAGGGAGUGUCUUGACAGCAAGCUGGAGAGGUGCCCUGAAUUCAUUGUUUUGAGCCAAUGUGGGGUUGCACCGGAAUGUCCCUUGCUGUUCUCUCACUGGCCACUGCUCUAUAAGCCAGAAGCCGUCUGGUGCAGUGGUUCUGCUGCUUGUUGAAUGCAGCAGCUACAAGCAGGCAUGGUUUGGUAAGAGUAGAAAAGGAAAGAGUAAGGUGCAAAGCAGCACACGCUUUGGCGAUUUUCGCGACCUUGUAACUGCAUGACCGUCUAUGGUUCGGUUCUGUAUUCGGUUUUACUCCGAAGCAGUCGUUGAACAUGACCAAUGUAUGGAAGCAGGCCCCGAACAAUUUAGCUGUUGAUGCUGGGGAUCGUAAAUCUCAGCAAUAAUGACUCUUGCCAAAUUUGUCCAUUUUGGUCAGCCAAGACGGUUGGAUGAAACAAAAAAAAAAGUGAGGAAGAGGGCACCAAAUUAGGAGUCAAUUUGUGCUUGCCAACGGGUCCAAGUCCAACCAUAAGUUUAACUAUAUAAAUAAAUAGAUUGGAUGUCAAGCCUAGAUUUUUAUUCCCCUCUUGUUAUCUACUGCAAAACAGAAGGCAUAAACAGAGAAAGCAAAUUAAAUAAAUGGUGAAAAGGGAUAGGUAGACAGUGAGACAAGCCAAACUAACAAUCAGCACUUUUUUUAGUUUUUUAUAGGAAAUUUGGACAAAGAAAGAAUGCACAAUGAAAGUGAAAAGGGUUGGAGGGAGGUGGGGUUCCUCAAAAUAGAAUAGGGGAGAGAAGCCAAGCGACAAUAUUAUCAGCAAUCCGCUGAACUAUAAAAGCAAGCCUGAAGAACGAAGACUGGAAUGUAUGUAGGAGUUUUCAUUAUGCACUGCUGGGCUCCUUUUCUUUUUCACCUGCCC